CCAUCGAGUGUCAACUAUACGGGUCCAUUAACACGAACGUCCACCAUGGACAGUCGAGAGCUGGAACUAGCAGCAGCUCAACGUGACAGUUAUUUGAUCGUUCCCAGCUAUAGUGAGGCUAUGUUGUUGGAACCGUCUCCAGCCACGAAUCAGAUCUAUCUAUCGAAUGAUCACUAUCGCAAUCGAACUCGGCCACUGGUGUCGUGCAAUGAGAAUGUUGUGCUGACCAAUUAUGGUGCUAUUGAACAAUCAUCAAAUCAACGAACUCAACGAUACGAUAAUCUGCGAAGUUCAUUCAGACGAUCGUUAAUGCAACGUCUUCCGAUUCGAAGUCGUUCGAUGAAUUUGAUAUUCAACAGGUUGGUUGGUGGUGAAUGCUGA